GUCGUUUGUUUAAUUACAUACUAAAAUCGGUGAAAUUAAGAAAGCGGCAUUUAUAAUCCGAUUUAAUUUUGAGAAAAUAAUUUUACUCCGCCACCACCGUCACAAUGAUAAAACACCGGAACAUUCACCCCCUCCGCCGCAUCGCCGCCGUAUACCCCCAAAGCUUCCACUCAGCCACCACCGCGGACCACGACGAACAACUACUCUCUAACAUAAAAUCGAAAUCCGAACUCGUAAAGUCAUACACCGUGACACCGCCGAUCAAACCCUGGCCCCAAAAGCUCACCACCAAGCGCCUCUGCUCCAUCAUCGCCCAGCAGCAAAACGUCGAUCUCGCCCUCCAAAUUUUCCACUACGCCGGCAAUUACCACCCUAAUUUUCGCAAUAAUUACGACACCUACCAAUCCAUCAUCCACAAGCUCUCCCGCCGCCGCGCCUUCGAACCCAUAAACUCCCUAUUGAAGGAACUGCGCGAAUCCCAAACCAAAUGCGGCGAAGAUCUCUUCAUCACUCUUAUCAGAAACUACGGCAUUGCCAGCAAACCCAAAGAGGCGAUCAGAAUAUUCCUCCAAAUCAACGAUUUUGGUGUUCAAAGGUCAGUUAGGUCAUUCAACACUCUGCUCAACGCUCUAGUUCAGAACAAGAAAUACGAUUCCGUUCACAUUAUGUUCAAGAACAGCCGGAAAAGAUUCGAUAUUGUGCCCAAUGUUUUCACUUGCAAUAUACUGCUGAAAGCUCUGUGUAAAAAGGACGACGUCAAAGGUGCAGUUAAGGUGCUCGAUGAAAUGCCGAGCAUGGCUAUGGUUCCAAAUGUGGUGAGCUACACUACGAUUAUGGGCGGGUAUGUGGAUAGAGGCGAUAUGGUGGGAGCAAAGAGAGCUUUCAACGAGCUUCUAGAUCGAGGGUGGUUGCCCGAUGCAACAACAUACACUGUAUUAAUGGACGGGUUUUGUAAAUUGGGAAAAUUUAUCGAUGCAACGAAAGUGAUGGAUGAAAUGGAGGAAAAUGGGGUCGAGCCGAACGACGUUACAUAUAGUGUUAUGAUCGAGGCAUUGUGUAAAGAAAAUAAAUCGGGUGAAGCUUUGAACAUGAUUAGUGAUAUGCUCGAGAAGAAAUACGUACCUAGCUCUGGUUUAUGUUGUCGGGUGAUUGAUGCGUUGUGUAGAGAAGGGAAAGUGGAUAAAGCGUGCGAUUUGUGGACGAUAUUGUUGAUCAAGAAUUGUACUCCAGAUAAUGCUAUAUUAAGCACGCUUAUACAUUGGUUGUGCAACGAAGGGAAGAUUUGGGAAGCGAGAAAGUUGUUUGAUGAGUUCGAUAGGGGUUCGAUUCCCAGUGUUUUGACGUAUAAUACACUCAUUGCGGGUAUGUGUGAUAAAGGGGAGUUGUGUGAAGCGGGGAGGUUGUGGGAUUGCAUGGUGGAAAGGGGGUGCCCCCCGAAUUCUUUCACUUAUAACUUGCUUAUAAAAGGGUUCUGCAAAAAGGGUUACGCGAAGGAAGGGAUUAGGGUUUUGGAGGAGAUGUUGGAUAAAGGGUGCCCUCCGAAUGAAUCGACUUAUUCUAUCUUGAUUAAAGGGCUUUGUGAAUCUGGAUGCGAAUCGGAUAUAUCGAAUGUGCUUAAUGUUGUUGCCUCUAGUAAGUGGAAAUUAAAUCCGAUUCUUGGAAAGUUUUAGUCGACAAAUUUGUUGCUAAUCGUGGUAGCACGGGCGUCACUUUGGAAAGAAUAUUGUCGGCCGAUUCUUCAAUUGAGACGACGAGUGCUACUUAGAGGUCAAUUAGCACUCGAAUUAGCUAAGGUUUUGCUCUUAUGUUUUCUCGUUUUAGUAAGUUAAAUAGCUUCAAGGUUGAUUCAAGUGUUGGGCAAAAAAUCAUAUUCGUAUUCAUACGGAAGUUGUUCGU